GGCUGUCACGAUUAGACGUUAUUUAUCAAUUAGCAAAUUGUGAUAACAAAGGUUAAUCACGUUGGGUAUGUCUCGUGUAGAACACAAUGGUGAACCUGGUUGCAAGACCUCCGCUGAAGAAAAUCAUCUUUACCGUAAUACUUGGGACCCAACUUCAUAUUGGGAGUGUGAACUUAAAGGUCAACCUGCAAAAAUAAGACGUUGCAAACCGAAUAAGUUAUUCUCUGAUAAGUAUGGGAAAUGUGUUAAUUGGCAAGAUUGGGAAUGGACAGAACCAAAAGAACCACCUAGUAGACCUUAAAAAUUGAAUAGAGUAAUCAAUUAUAUUUUACUUAAUAAAAAAUUAAUAUAAUAAGUAAA